UUUUUUUUCUUUCUAACAGAUGACUCCAAAAGGAAGCUAUUAAAUUGGGAUAAGCGUUUUAGCAUUAUUGAAGGGAUAGCUCAAGGGCUACUUUAUCUUCAUAAAUACUCUAGAUUGAGAAUCAUUCACAGAGAUUUGAAGUUGAGUAACAUAUUGCUUGACGAAAACAUGAACCCCAAGAUAUCAGAUUUUGGGUUGGCCAGGAUAUACAAAACCAAUGAAGCUGGAUCAAAUACGAAUCGAAUUGUCGGCACAUAUGGUUACAUGUCUCCAGAAUAUGCAAUGGAAGGCAUAUUCUCUGAAAAAUCUGAUGUAUACAGUUUUGGAGUUAUGGUUUUGGAAGUUGUCAGUGGUCGGAAAAAUAGCAGCCAUUUUGAGUUUGAUCGUCCACUUAACCUGGUUGGAUACGCAUGGGAACUAUGGAAACAUGGUGGAGCAUUAGAAUUAAUGGAUCCAGCUUUAAGUGAUUCAUGUUUUAAACAAUACCAAGUUUUAAGAUGCAUUACAUUGGGUCUGCUAUGCGUGGAAGAUAAUCCAUUGGAUAGGCCAACGAUGUCUGAUGUUAUCUCUGUGCUAAAUGGAGAGAUGCAAUUGGCAUUGCCAAAACAGCCUGCAUUUUCCACUGGAAGAAGGAUUGUAGAAACAAAUAUAGGGAACAAAGAGGGGGAAAUUUACUCAUUGAACGGCCUAACCAUGUCUACCAUGGAUGCAAGAUGACCAAAAGACAUACUCUUAUUUUUUAUGUUUCCUGAUCAUGUUUAAAGUAUUAUUUAAGGGCGGUAAACGCUAAGAUUAUAUUCUUUUAUAUUACACCUAGUAAAAAUUAAAAUAGUUUUAUGUAAUUUUAUAACUAUUUAUAUCAUUAGUUUUUAACAA